UCAGUUCCUCGCUGCUUUGCGGAUUCUGCGCUGUCUGCUAAAGUACCGGGCGGGAUUUCCGCAAUACAAUUCAGUAUGGCGAAGACCUACGAUUAUUUGUUUAAACUGCUGUUAAUCGGGGAUUCCGGUGUCGGGAAGACCUGUGUGCUGUUCAGAUUCUCGGAGGAUGCCUUUAACUCGACGUUUAUUUCGACGAUAGGUAUCGAUUUCAAGAUCAGGACAAUAGAACUAGAUGGCAAGAAGAUAAAGUUACAAAUAUGGGACACGGCAGGACAAGAACGAUUCCGAACGAUCACAACAGCAUAUUACAGAGGAGCAAUGGGUAUCAUGCUGGUUUAUGAUAUUACCAAUGAGAAAUCAUUUGACAACAUCAAAAACUGGAUCCGAAACAUCGAGGAGCAUGCAUCAGCAGAUGUAGAAAAAAUGAUUUUGGGGAACAAAUGUGACAUUAAUGAGAAGAGGCAGGUGUCCAAAGACAGAGGCGAGAAGCUGGCGUUAGAGUACGGCAUCAAGUUCAUGGAGACGAGUGCGAAGGCUAAUAUCAAUGUUGAGAACGCAUUCUUAACGCUCGCCAGAGACAUAAAGUCAAAGAUGGACACGAAAUUGGAGGGUAACAAUCCUCAGGGCAGCAACCACGGAGUGAAAAUUACCCCUGAACAGCAGAAAAAAAGCAGCUUCUUUCGUUGUGUGCUACUGUGAAGACCAAGGCCUUACUGUCCGCCGCCAAUGGGCUGGACACGACUGGACUAUGCUCUCCUUCUUAGCACUCCUCCUCCUUCCUCUCUUCUCUCCUUCUCUGUCGCGCUCUACUUCCAGCCCUAGGACAGUCGGAGUUCCUGGCUCCUCUCAUCUUCUUCCAUUGACAGAUUAGCGAUGCCGCUCAUGACCCUUCCCUGGCGAAAGAAAGCAUUGGUUCUACAAGUCAAGGUGAAGAGCCGGUUGCAGAUGCAUCGCCGUAAACGCGCACCUAAAGAAGAUCCCGUACCUCCAUCUUUGUUUCAAUCGCUCGUUUUGAGCACACAACUGCCAAAAUCGAUCCAUUCCUUCAUGGCGACCUGGAAGUACUUGUGAUUGUGAAUCUGGGUCUGGCCGCAGAGCGUGAUCUAACAUUGAGCCAAUUUGAGAAUUCCGUGGGGCGAUCUUUAUCAUUCCAUUUUAUUUUCGGCGUAUUCUUCGACAAUCACAUGACCUUAUUGUAAGUAGAGGAAUAUUAUAACCCGCCUCUUAAAUGCUUCAAUUAUUAUUUUUUUUGUCCCCAGUUUUAUUUUUCACACUGAUCGUUCACACAAAAUUGGUGCAGUCAAGGUUUCACAGACAUGGCUAAUGAUAUUUUCAUAUUAAACAAAUGAAGAUCCUGCUUUUUAUUCAUCAAGAUGUGUUUACUGCCUCAUUAAAUCCAACCUCCCUUUUUUAACAUGCACAUGAAGCUAUUUCCAAAUAGUUCAGCCUUUUAUGCAGUAGCGCUAACUUUCUUUUUAAUAAUGCUUUGCAUAAUUCCAAAACUCAGGUCUUGCUUUAUUUUGACCUGAAAACGUCCCACCAUGAAAGCACAACACUUGAAUUGAAUCUACUAGAGUAUAAUCGAAUGAAACUGACUCAUAGCCCUUGUAAGGAUGAGGAAUUCCUGAGUUUGUAGUAUUAAUUAUGCGUAACCAAAAGCAAUGAGAAAGGGUGACUGUGUGACCUGAAAAGCAGAGCUAUACUUGAGAAAGCACCUCCCGUACAGACGUCCAUGCACUUUAUCAGUAUCUUUUGUGUUGUGUGUAGUUUGUGCCAAGUGAUAGUUUUGCAUCAUAAAGACAGGCGUUUUUACGUGGUUACAUGGAUUAUGACCUGCCGAAAUCAUGUUAGCGCGUUUUAAUUUCCUCCAGACGUUCUGUGUAAGGACUAUUUCUACACCAGUCUUUUCCUGAUAGUAAGCCAAAGCUAGUUUUAUGCAUUGGCUUCUAUUGAUGCAGUUGGAAUCAGUUGUUUUGUUCAUAUGUCUGGAGUGUUAUGAAUAGACUGCACCUGAAUUGCAGUCCUACAGCAUAUUAGUUUGGGUGGCACAGUGCAAAAACAAAACGGAUUUGGUUCACAUGACUAGGCUUAACUACCCAGAAUACCGUAAUCCACCAUUCCUGAUUUCAGAAUAGUGUGUUGUCGUAAGCACAUGCUUAUAAUUAAUGCAAUGCUCGAGUUGUACAGCCGUUCGAAGACAAACUUCAGUAGUUGCACUUGUUUUUUUUAGUGGUUUGAUAUGAGUUUUCACACUGAUUUCUCUCUCUUUUGAUCUUACACUGUAAAAAAUGCUGGGUUAAAAACAACCCAAUUUGGGUUGAAAAUGGAUAAACUCAGCGAUUGGGUUGUUUUGACCCAAUUUGAGCUGAGCAGUUUUAUUUAACCCAACUAUUGUUUAAAAAUGACUAUAUGUCUGGCUUAAAAUGAACCCAAAAUAGGUUGGAAAUUAAAAAUCAGACACAUAAUUACUAGAGGCAACAAUAAUAAUCAAAAGGUGAACAUUUAUUAAUAAGCAAUUUAAUACAUGUUUGUUUAAUUAUUAUUCAUUAAACUUGAUAAAUGUUUGUUCAUUAAAAAUAUUAAUAUUAAUUUCCAACACACUUCGGGUUCAUUUUAAGCAAGCAAUACUGCAAUUUUUAAACAAUAGUUGGGUUAAAUAAAACUACCCAGCAGGUUGGGUCAAACAUUUAACCCAGCUGCUGGGUUUGUCCAUAUUUAACCCAACUUGGAUUGUUUUUAUCCCAGCAUUUUUUCGAGUGUAGUUUAGUCAAACCUAUCUGUCGCAAGAGACCCGUUGUGUUUGGACAAAUUGUGCAGUUUUGCCUUUGUACUGCAGUAUACUCAAAUGUAUGUUUUGUAGUCGUAUUGUGAAAUGAAACAUGUCGGUCGGUUAAUGUACACCAGCAAUCUUUAACGCCCGUUAGCUUUGAGUGAAAGAACAAACUCUCCAUCGAUGAGAAUCCAGGAGUCAAUCUCAAAACCUGACAAGAACAUGUUCAGGUCAAAUUUCACCCCAAAACCAGUUUAUUUGGCAUUUUGUUAGCACAUUUUAAUUCAGUUUUCAUUAAUGCAAUGCAAGUAAAUCUUUUUCUGAUUACUGUACUGAAAAAAAAAAAUUGUAUAUAUUACUAUUUACAUAUCAUGGUACCAUCUUUGUCAUGGAGAAAAAUAUGGAUGCAUUACAGUAAUGAGAACUUAAGAAGUUAAUUGUCAUGAAAAUGUCUCAAAUGUUCUUUAUGCAAUUUAUAUAUAUAUUUUUUUUUCCAUUGGAUUUGGGGUGUAAUGUGACCUGGAUGUGUUUUAAAGAGAUUAGGGAAGCACACUGUUUGUCUGUUUUUCCUGCGAGGCAGAGGUAUAUGAAAUUCUCUUCUUGCUGCAAUAAGGCACAUUCACUUUUCUUUUUCCAAGCUUAAAUGUUGACCAACUUGAAGUGACUUCCUGUUUGCACCUUGUUCUCUUUCCACCUCAAGGAGACUGUUUUGGGCUCAUAUUUGUCAUAUUCUUUCAUGUUAGGAGUUGUGUAACAGGGGUCGGCUCAUCUUUAUCUGUACCCAUAGCAUCUCUUUUCUCUCCCUGUCAAAUAAUACUUGCCGUUUGUCUUAAUAACUAAUACUUGAUCUUUCAUUUUGGAUCUAUGCAUCAUGAAGGUGACCUCCUGUAUGUUUUGUCUGUGUAUGUAUAUUUUUUUUCUAUAGAUGUUCUGCACAUUGAAGCGUCUAUCUGCGGAUGGCCGCAUAUGUCUAUUCUGAGCUUUAGAGGACAGUCUAGUGUUUAAAACAUGUUUGGCUGUAAUAAUGAACCUUAGACACAACUUAAUCUGGCCUUUGGGUGUUUUAAAGUGAUAGAAUGAAAUGCAAAAAUAACUAUAACAAACAGCUGGCAAAACAUGUUUAUUUGAUUUGCAGACAAACCAAGUGGAAAAGAACAUUAGCAAACAGGUACCGCUUUCUGUCUUAAACGCUUUGCAGUUUAUUGAGCAGUGAUGCGUAUGUCUGUCAAUCUCCGUUUUCGCUGUUUAGUUUGUCUUUCUUGUACUUCUUGGUUUGAAACGACUGUCAUCCAUAUCAUUUACAGAUUCUUUUAUAUGACCAUGUUUUCAUUUGUUGAUUGUGAGGUAACUGGGGAGAUUGGUAAAUUACAUUUUGGUAAAAAAAGAAAAGAAACAAUUGUAAAUAACUCUAAAAAGAGAUCUACUUAAAUUGUACUGUACUUUCUAAAACAUUGAAAAACGGAUCUACGGUUUUUGUAGAUAUCUGUACUUUUGAUUUAUUAAAACAAGAUUCUUUUAAGGGA